AUGGAUCAAUUUGACGUGAUAGCAAAUCAACCUAUUGUUAUCGACAAUGUAAGGUUAAUUUUUUUACACAUUUGUGGCACACUCAAAACUGUUUUCAAACUGCCAUUGUAUCGAUUUUUUAUUUACAAAUCGGGGGUGGCUAUCUAACUUUGAGUACUAAGUUAUGAUUCAUUUACUUAGCAUUGACUUUUGUUGUUCAUAGGGAUCAGGAGUCAUUAAAGCUGGAUUUGCAGGAGAUCAGAUUCCAAAAUACCAUUUUCCAAACUUGUAGGUAUUUCCAGUGAUAAAUAUAAGACUUGUGCAAACCCAUUUCUGUGAAAACAAUAUUAAACAAAAUUUAAUACGCCUAUUAAAUGAAACAGGAAUUUUAUUAGCGUAGUUAAGAAUCAUUAUUUCAAUUUUCGAGUGAUUGUAUAAACUCUUAUAAUUGUUUUGAAGUAAUUUCAAGAAAUCAGAAGUCUUAUUUCUAGGCUAAGUUGAAUCACAGUGAAAUUUUAGCAUUGUCUUUUCUUUGGAUAUCACUCUUAUCUCACUUUUAUCAAGAUGUACCAGCUAUAUUAGGCUAUUGGGAUGAAAUAUUUUAUUUCUGAGUUUUAUGUAGAUUGCUCUCCUUGGUUUUAGUGUUGGUCGACCUAAACAUGUGCGGGUAAUGGCUGGUGCACUAGAGGGUGAUAUAUUUAUUGGACCAAAAGCUGAGGUAUGUGGAAUGCUUCAGAUGGAAACUGUCAAAUCGCACUGUUAAGUAUAAUGAACCCUGAUUGAUGGAAUGUAGUCAGGUGUCUGAAACAAUAAAAUAUGACCCUAUCCCACUAACAAGGCCACCCCACUAAUAUCAAUAUAUUGCCAAAUUCAUGAAGCCUGUUAGUGACCAUUUUAACCCAAGGGGGUACUUCUUAGUAACAGGCUAAAGGGGAUGUGCAGCUGGAUGGGGUAGCAUUUUCACCACUGGAUUGUCUACAGAUGUAUAAUGCAGGGCUCGAAUUUAAAUCUGAUCCAGUUGUCUGGGACAAGUAUAUUUUCUUGCUGGGCAAGUAACUUUUACAGCUAACUUGCCCAAUGGGUAAGGAUCCAGGCAAGUCAUCCUCUUACAAAGUUAUUGACUCUUACAAAGUUAUUGACUAGGAAAAGCAAGAAGUGGCCUUGGGCAAGAAAAAUGUGACAGGUGCUUGCUGAAAGGGUGAUAUUGAAGUCAAGUUUCCCUGGCAUUGUAACAGGGUUCACCUGUCCUUUUCUUUGACCUGAAAGCUUCAAACCGUUUCAAAUUUUUGUUUCUGUCCAUCUUAAAUUCAUUAUUAUAGCCUUAUAAGAAAUCAGAUUGCUUUUAUAAAGUUGUAAUUUUUCUGUACAUGUAGCUUAAAUUGUUAGGAUUUUAUCUUGUCAAUUCCCCAGCUUCAAAAUUGUUGUUUGACAGGCCUGUAUUAACAUUGAUUUCCCUUGUAUAGGAACACAGGGGCCUUCUUAAUAUCAGAUAUCCUAUGGAAGUAAGUGAAAAAUGUCCAUCUUAAUAAAAUGUGUAUCUUGUACAAUGUUGUUUGAAAGGAAACUUAAGCUUGAAUUGACCUCAAAUCACAGGUGUAGCUUGAUUUUUUAUUUACUUUGUCUUGUACUUGCAUUACAGGCAUCAUAAAUCAGAAGCCAAAAACUGAUGAUCAAAUUAGGCUGAAACCACCUGAAUUUCAUCCUAAACUAUUAUCCAUGCUUCAAAAUACAUGUACUGAAUCCCUAAUUCGAUACAAGCUACAAUAUUACUUAAGGGACAACACAUCUCUAUGGUUGCGGGGUUGAUCUAGUGGAUAUUCAGUUGGUGCCCAUGCACCACCUUCUUACUGUUCUUUUCACUAAUUAACACGGGAACUCUGAAGUUCAAAAGCGAACUCAAGUUUUUGUUCCUCACUGCUGUCAAUCAUCUAAGUUGACCUCUCAAGAAACAGAACUUUGCUUCUCUGAGUUCAAAACAACAGGGUUUGUGAUUUGUGAUUGGUGAAUUUCGAUCCAUUUUAUGAGUUUCUGUGUUUCAGGGUUUGUUGCAUGUGAUCAUAAUCAAAAUCAAUUACCAUUGCAGCAGCGAAAAAUGCAUUUUUUUAUUGUAAGCUGGCUAUUAAAUUCCAGAUUUUGUGUGUUAUUGGAAAGUGCAGUAACUGCAAUGCUGCUUUUGUCUCUGAGGUGAAUAACCCCUGUCAAGCUCUCUGCAAUACACACACAUCGAGAGUCAACCAGCUUCUAUAGUAAAAUGUUACUGAACUGAACGUGGGAAUACAUUGUUCUCACUGGAUGCUCUGUAUUAGCACAUUGAGGAUUAAUAAUAUUCUUUGAGCUUUCAAAAGAUAUUAUUAGAGCCAAUUACUGUACAUGUAAGCACUGUUCACUUCGUUUGCUGUAAAUGUCCUCAUCCUUUUUGUUUUAGCAUGGUGUUGUGCGAGAUUGGAAUGAUAUGGAAAGAAUAUGGCAGGUAAGUCUUGCAAAUUGCUAAGUCCUUGUAAUAUCUGUUAAGUAGUCACUCAGUUUUAAUUUUUAUUAAUUUUAUUUCUUUUUUAUUUCAAGUAUAUUUAUUCCAAGGACCAGCUCCAGACCUUUUCUGAAGAGGUAAACAUUGCGUGUUUGUGAAUUUUUCCAUACAUGCUUUGUCAAUCUUAGAUUAAAAAACAAGUUGUAUUUCAGUGCUUUGUUAGCAUAAGGGGUAUUUUACUGUAUGUUAAGUAAAUCUAUUAUAAAUUGAACAGUCAAAGAAAAACUAUAUAUAUAGUGUCAGUAACAGUAGUAUCUUAACAUAUGUUGUAUAUUUUAAUUUUAUCAUAGUAUAUUUUAAACAAUUGUUAGUUAGAUACCCUGUAUUAAAUUAUUAUAGAUAGAAAUCUUGUAAUGCGCGCUUGAUCAUUUUCAUGAAAAGUGCACAAUAUAAGAAUAAAUUACUAUUAUUAUUAUUAUUAUUAUUAUUAUAUCAAAACAACAAGUUAAGUAAAGUGUGUUGUGGGCUAUAAUGUAUGCUAUACACCACUUUGAGUACUGCUCUUAGUAUAAGACCGUUUUUUUUUUCAGUGCCACAGGAAUCUGGAUGUUGGUAAUUUUUCAAUUCAACUAAACUUUGCUAAGUCUUUGUUAACAUUUCUUUUUUCCCCCUAGCAUCCUGUUUUAUUGACAGAAGCACCUUUAAAUCCACGAAGAAACAGAGAGAAAGCUGCUGAGGUAAAAUUCCUUUUUCAAGGUGGUAAUUGGUUUUCAGUAGUAGUGGUAGCUACAGAAACAGUCAUUUUCACUGAAGCAAAUUUUACUGCAUGAGACAGUAAUGAGCACUAUACGUGUGCCUGGUACAUGUACUUAUCCCAGCUUGGUUUAUGUUGUAGAUAUUUUUUGAGACAUUUAAUGUACCAGCUCUCUUCAUCUCCAUGCAAGCAGUGCUUAGUCUGUAAGUAUUGAAUGCUGCUAAUUUUGUAUUUAAAGAGGAGCAUCAGAAUUUUUUGCUUUUUAUACCUUUUUUCUUCCAAUUCUUGUGUUAAUCACCCAUCCCCUCACGAGUGUCAUCACGAGUUCACGAACAACAAUUUUGCGUUCAUGAGUCACAGAGCAAAUAUUUACGUUUUCACAGGAAGCCAGCUGUAGGUGGGUCUGAGUGCACUGAAGUGUGCAGUUACAUCAAAAGACUCAAAAGUGAAGUUAAAUCAAGCCACCAAACACUAAUUAAGGUCAUUUGGCCUUGAAUUAAUGAUUUAUUUUCUUCAAUCAAUCUUGAAUGUACGUGUACACAAUCUAGGAUUUUGGCAGUUCACAUUUAAUAGAGUGCACUUCAAUCACAAUUUACAGAACAGUUUUUCAGUAAAUCACGAUUCACGGACGAAAUGGUUGAUCACGGUGUCACGAAAAUAAGCUUGCCCCCUUGCCCCUUCCCCCCUCCCCCUCCCACCAUGGCUCUCACAGGGUCAGAGCAUUAGGCUCCCUAGUAUUCUUCUUGGAGCAUAGCCUUGAAAACUAAUCAUAUAUGUAUACCAUGCAGUGAGAUGCUUAGGGGAAGGACCUGGGGGCUUAAAGAUUAAAAAAGAAAGUGUCUAGCGAGUGCCUUCCUCCUCAAGGUCUGGACUCACCACUGACAUAAAAUCCGUGUUGCGAUAUUUUGUCAUUAAGUUAUUGUGAUAUUGUUGUUUGUGUUCAGAUAUGCAACUGGUCGCACAACAGGAGUGGUUUUAGAUGCAGGUGAUGGAGUGUCGCACUCAGUGCCAAUCUAUGAAGGCUUUGCUAUGCCACAUUCUAUUAUGAGAACAGAUAUUGCUGGCAGGUGAGUGACUGUGUUGGUUGUUUGUUUAAAGUAAAGUUUUUGUUUUCUUUACCAAGGUGCUAAAAAAACCCAGAUUCAGUCUUGAUAGCUGUUUCAUAUUCAGUCAGUCUGAAUGUCACUUCAUCAGGGUAUACAGUGUACAUGUACCAGUAGUUAUUGAUUACUUUUGGUUUUCAUUUUAUUGGAAUGGGGCAAUUUUUGGUCAGUUAUUGUCUGGAGUGACUGACUGUUACUUGCAGCCACGUGUUGUUUGCGCUAGAAAACCAGUAUUUUCUGCACAGUGGUGAACACCUUUAUGAUUUUAGCUCUUUUAUCAACAGAGAUGUAACAGCCUUUUUAAGACUACUAUUAAGAAAAGAAGGAUUCAACUUC